AUGUCAGUCUCUUCAUCAUCUAUCUAUCUAUCUAUCUAUCUAUCUAUCUAUCUAUCUAUCUAUCUAUCUAUGUCACUCUUUAUCUAUCUUUUUAUUACUUAUCCAUCUUUGUCUAUUCACUAUCUAUCUAUCUAUCUAUCUAUCUAUUACAGUCUAUUAUCUAUCUCAAUUUGUUCAUAUCUAUCUAUCUAUGUCAGUUUCUUAAUUAUCUAUCUAUCUAUCUAUCUAUCUCAGUUUCUUAAUCAUCUAUCUAUCUAUCUAUCUAUCUAUCUAUCUAUGUCACCCUUUAUCUAUCUUUUUAUUACUUAUCCAUCUUUGUCUAUUCACUAUCUAUCUAUCUAUCUAUCUAUCUAUUACAGUCUAUUAUCUAUCUCAAUUUGUUCAUAUCUAUCUAUCUAUUACAGUCUAUUAUCUAUCUCAAUUUGUUCAUAUCUAUCUAUCUAUCUAUCUAUCUAUCUAUCUAUCUAUGUGAGUUUCCUAUCUAUCUAUCUAUCUAUCUAUCUAUCUUUCUAUCUAUGCCAUUAUUACUUAUUUAUCUUUAUUCACUAUCUAUCUAUCUAUCUAUCUAUCUAUCUAUCUAUCGGUCUCUAUCGAUCUAUCGAUCUAUCUGUCGAUCUAUCGAUCGAUCUAUCUAUGUAUCUAUCUAUCGAUCUAUCUAUGUCAGUUUCUUAA